UUCAGCUGUCAGACGCUCUGAAACUGCAGUGGAGACAUCAGUAGGACCUGUCUCUCUCUGCCACUGCAGCAACGGACUAAACUCCUAAGCCGUUUGUUUUGGACUCUUAACCGACGGGGAACACGCAGGAGUCCAACUGCUACGCAAGGACACAAAAAAAAGGAGAAGUGGACACAGUUUCGCCGAGCUGAGCCCUUUUUUUCCAUCAAAUCUUCGCUUUCCUGCGUUGCUUUGUUGUUUCACCAGGAGGACCCCUUCCCCCCGCUCUGCAACAACCAACAGCCCGUCCACGGAGUACACGGAUGGGCGAGUCCUGCUAGAGACCACAACACCUGAACAAACGCACAUAAAGCACCUUCUCCGGCAGGCCACACUGUAUCUCAGUGAGUAGCUCUGCGUGCGUGGUUGUGUGCGCGUGCACGUCUGUGAACGUGCACAGCUCCUCUCUGCCCGGAGACGACUCCCUGCCACGGUGUGUGUGCACGCUUGCAAGGAGGCUAAUGCCAGCGGUAGCGUGGUCGGGACCAGAGGAGGAUGAGUCCGGCUGUGGAUGCUCAGGGCCGGGGGGGCUCGGGCGCAGAGCCGCCGCAGAAACUACUGCAGCCGCAGCAGCCGCUGCCGCUGCCACAGCCGCAGCCGCAGCACUGCUACCUGGAGAAGGGGGUGAUGCUUGAGCCCUUCAUCCACCAGGUGGGGGGGCACUCGUGCGUGCUGCGCUUUGGGGAGCAGACCAUCUGCAAGCCCCUCAUCCCCCGAGAGUACCAGUUCUACAAGAGCCUGCCGCCGCCCAUGAGGGAGUUCACCCCGCAGUACAGAGGUGUAGUCUCUGUGAGCUUCGAGGAGGAUGACGAGGGUAACCUGUGCCUCAUUGCCUACCCGCUCCACAGCGACCAGGAGACCAAGGAGCUGGCGGUCGAUGGCCAGCCCAAGAACAAGAUUCUCCAGUGGGUGAACGACAACCAGGCCAUGGAAGUCUGCAGCCAUAACUCCCAGAAAGACAAGGACGAGAGCGGACUCCUAAUCCUUCCAUGUGGCUCCAGUGUCCAGCGUCGGGCGGAGAAGGUGGAGCUGGAGUGGCUGCAGCAGGCGGAGGUGCUCUACUACCGGCUGGAGCGCAGCAAGAGCAGCGCCCUCACCCAGCACAACCCCUGGAGCCUCCAGUGUCACCAGAAGCACCUGCAGACCAUGAAGGACAACGCCAAGCAGCGCAACCAGUACCGGUUCAUCCUGCUGGAGAACCUGACGUGGCGCCAUGCCGUGCCCUGCGUGCUGGACCUGAAGAUGGGCACGCGGCAGCACGGAGACGACGCCUCCGAGGAGAAGAAGGCCCUCCACAUGCGCAAGUGUCAGCAGAGCACGUCGGCCACCAUCGGGGUCCGGCUGGGGGGCAUGCAGGUGUACCGCUCGGACUCCGGCCAGCUGAUGUUCAUGAACAAGUACCACGGCCGUAAGCUGAGCCUGCCGGGCUUCAAGGAGGCCCUGUUCCAGUUCUUCCACGACGGGCUGCGGCUGCGCGGCGAGCUGCUCUCCCCCGUCCUGCGGCGGCUGCAGCAGAUGCAGGCGGCGCUGGCGGCGUGCGAGUCGUACCGCUUCUACUCCAGCUCGCUGCUCAUCAUCUACGACGGCGAGCCGCGCCCCGGGCACGCCGCCCGCCGCCGCCGCUCGGAGCACGGGCUCUCCGAGGAGGAGGAGGAGGAGGAAGACGAGGACGAGGACGAUGAGGACAAGGCGGGUGACGAAGGGGCAGGAGCGUUGGAGGAGGAUAACGAGGACGGCGAGGGCGAGGAGGUCAGCGUGGCGGGAGCGCUCGGUUUCGCGCACGGCUCCCCGCCGCCCGGCAGCGCAAGCUGCUCCGGCGGCGGUGCCAGCGGCGGCACGGCAACCGGCCGGCAGAGGGCGGGCCCCUCGGACCCCCGCCGGCCCUCGGUGGACGUGCGGAUGAUAGAUUUUGCCCACACCACGUGCCGGGACUACCGGGAGGACAGCGUGGUCCAUGAGGGCCAGGACAGCGGCUACAUCUUUGGCCUCCAAAACCUGAUCACCAUCAUCUCAGAGCUGGAGGAGCACAGCUCCGACUAGACCCCACUGCACACACACAUGUACACAGCCUUACAUUACAAAGACACACACACACACACACAUAUAGAAACACAUAGAUGCACACACACAUAUAACCAGCCUUACAUGCGCACACAUACACACACACAAACACUCAAGCACACUUUUGAUCCUUCUGGGAACAAAAGUGUGACUGGUCUCUGCACAAGGGGAGAGGUUGUACCUGGGGUUUUGGUGUCUCCUGUCCGGUUGUGUCGAGGAGACUCCCAGCCACCUGCCGGCUUCCCGGUCAGCAUGUUUGGUGCUUCUUUGUGUCGCAUUCACGCGUGUUCGUCUUUGGGAUACUAAGGGAUUAUUUUUUUCUGCUUUGUUUCAAGUUUUUAACUUUUAAGGUUCAAGGUUUAUAAACCUCGAUGCUUGACACUACCUCCUGCAGAUAGGCCCCAGCCUAUCUAAUAGGCUCAGUAACAUCCCACUCGGAGUAAUAUCCCACUCAAAACGCUUUUUAGACCAACUGAGACUCUAACCCUGGCCCUUUCUGGCUGAAAACCCCCCGCGUUGGUGCUGGUAUCGUUCUGGAGGUUUCCCGAUAGUGUUGGUCUAGACUCUAAGGGAUUUGGUUCUUGUGUAGAGUGACUAAGCCAGCGUCCAAUGACUGGCACCUCUUCCUAUUCUUUUUUUUUUGUUUUGUUUUGUUUUAUUUGUUAACUUUAAAAGUUCUCGGUUGAAUCCUCCUAGCUUCAUGUUUAUCACAAUAGAGCAUGGCUGACGUCAGGGACAAUAACGGCCCCUUCUCGACCCAUGCAUCCCUCCCCCUCCACCCUUAGCUCCCUGUCUCAUUCCAAAGAAAGCGGCAGACAUUUGGUUGACCAUCCCGCACAUGGACACUGGGUGCCUGUUGUGGGCUGUGGUUGAGUCAGCCAGACAGACAGACAGACAGACAGACAGACAGUGGUGGGUUUGGUAUUGAGGCGGUGGAUGGCAGAAGGACCCGUGGUCUGUCUCCUCCUUCUGAUCCCUCCUCCAGCUCCUCCUCAUCCGGCCCUCCCCUCAACACCCCCCUCCCUACAUUUUAAAGAGACUAUAUUCAUAUAGAGUUCAGAAACAGAUCCUAUAGAGUUAUUUAUUUAUUGACUUGUUUCCUAAGAUAAAACUAAAAACAAAAGCUAAAAACAAAAUAAGAAUGUCAAUGAAGGACGCUACAUUCCAUGUUAUUAAUGUGACAAUAAUGAUAUUAAUAAAUAUUGUUAUUUAACAUGUUCCAGAUACCUCUAUCUUGUAUAUCUGUGUUGUCCACCGCUGGUCAGAAGGAGAAAUAAAGACUUGGUUUGUGGAAAACCAUCUUGUCUUGUUAUCUAUUGUCAGGCAACUCCUUUAGUUUGUGUGAUGAUGAUGAUGAUGAUGAUGAUGAUGAUGAUGAUGAUGAUGGUGAAGAACUGCAAGAACUGCAACUCAAUAUUUCUUGAGUGCCAAUCCCAUGACUUGCUGAGUGGAAAAAUUGUUGAAGCGUACCAUUGCGCGUCUGCUAGCAGCCCUGUUUUUAGUAGCAUGUGACAGAUCUGCUCCAGGAUUAUAAUGGCGUAUGGGUCUAAAAUAGCACUGUGGGUCAUGUUUUUAAAUGUUUCUGUCCCACCCCUAAUAGUCCUCUCUACUUUUACAUAAUAACAUUGUUCGUAGGAUAUAUGGCACUAUUUCUAAUAUAUGAAGAGCCAAUAGCUCCCAAAGGCUGGUUUUGACUAAAAGUAUUGUUUGGGAAGGGGUUUGCUCUGAAUGUGUAGUUCUCUAGUCUAUUCAACAUUGAAAAAAUUAAUCUAAAUAGACAUCCACCAAGAUAAGCAAAUGAUUGUAUGUAUAUGUGUCUAUUCCUGGGUGGGCAGUGGUUGUUUGGAGUUCAUUGGAUAACGCUGUUAUCAAGUGACUCUGUGGUGAUGUAGGCCAGCUUCUGGUGCUCUGGGACAAUCUGGAGUCUUCCGCGUAAAGACGCUCAGUGCUAAUCUGUAGCUAAAGUCAGCUAGAUGAAGCGCUCUAGGCUGUGUGUGUGCGUGUGUGUGUGUGUGUGAGUGAGAUAUUUUGUUAUACUGCCCUGUUUAAUGCAAAUCUGAUGUAUUUUUAAUGCUGGAAAAUGGACAGAUAAGAGAGAUGUUGACGGACUGACACUGUAGAGUGAGCGAGGUUCCCUAAGCUGGAGCAGAAGACCGAUGGAGGGUUAGUCAGGUGGUGGUGGUGAUGGGGGGGAGGCUCUGUGGGAGUUGUGUAACAGCACAAAGGUCAGUGUGUUGUUUGUGCACUCAUUCUGUCAUCCUAUUGUGUGGUUGUUUAUGUGUCAUCAUAAUAAUCAUCAUUUUAUUAGAUAUAAUAUAUUUUAUCUAUCAAGUUUAUAUCUAUAUUUCAUACAAAUGUAUGUGUGGAGGUAUUGUAAGUCUAUAUAUGUGCUUUUCAAUACAUACAUUAAACCAUACACGGGUGUUAUGCAUGAUUCAGAUUCCAGUUGAUAUUGUCGGUUCUUUGAGUUUGUGUGACUGCGCGUGUGACUGUAGGACUGGCCCCUUUCAUGUUUAGGAUUGCAUGUUGCAUGGAGUCCAGUGGCAAGCAGCGUUUAGCGUCACUAUGGCAACAGUGACAGGGUUAUGUGCUUCAGCUGGAAUCAGCAGGACAGAAGAGAGUCCUACAUGUUCAAACUGGAGGAGUUGGAGCCUGAACCAACUGAAGUGUCCUUAAAAUAGCCACGAGGAAAGAAAUACUUUGACAAUAACUCAAAAUAACAUGAGUUGUCACUCAUGUUAUGGUUUAAAAUAAUAUCUGUUCCGUUUCUCAAUGUUUUGAUAAAGGCUCAAUCUUAUUAGUUUUGGAGCUUCUCUAUAAAAAUCACCUCAUUUCAAAAGGCCUGAAGGAUAACCGGUAUGAGGAUGUGAUUUGAGCAUUUGCUAGACUGGAUUUGUUAUUCAAAGCAGGCUUUUAUCAACAACCACCAAACAACAUGUUUCUAUACAAAUAGGCUUUAAUUUGAAUCUUGAGUUCCUAGUUCUGCUCGCCUGACAUUGCCUGGCAUCUAUUGUACAAAUACAUAUACAAAUGUGUAUUAUUUUGGAAUAACCCCAGUUAAUUUUCGAAUUCCAAGGGCUUUGUCAAUAAAGUUACAUCAAUGGCGCAGACCAAAAUGCCUCUGGACGCAAUUUGAUAGACCUGGCUAAAAUCAAUCAGAGCACAUAACGCUUGACAUAGCUCUGAGAUUUGUUAAACUUGGUAAAUUACUACUCUUUCUUAUCAACAAAAACUUCAACGAUUCAGAACUGGAAAGGAUUCUGAGAGAGAACACUUUCGAGUUUGUUUAAUACUGUCUCGAUGGGGAUUAAACAAACCAUACCACAGCCAUCAACUGCAGCCAUCUUGGUUGUCUAUGAAAAUCAAAACCACAGCGAUCCCACAGGGCGCUCCUCUUUACCAGAUCGCAUCAAAGCUGCCUCAUUGUAGAUAACCGGUUCUGACUGGCCUGACUCAGGCCAGGUCGGCUGGAAAUCAGUGUGAUCGGGACCACGUAGCAGAUGACACUGGCUCAAAUGUGACAUCAAGCUG